CCGUGUACGACAGCGCCUGGAGGCCCUCACCUUCUCCCUCAUGGUGCCCCGCCGGGACGCGCUGGACAUGGUUGUACGGCAGCCGCAGCUGCUGAUGUACCAAACGGAGUCCCUGGCGGAUAACUGGGCGGCGCUGCAGCGGCUGCUGGGGGUGACGUUUGAGACGGCCCUGGCCAUGGUUGUACGGCAACCCAACCUGCUGUGUAAAUCCCCGGCCAGCCUGGCGAGCAAGGUGGCGGCGUUGGAGGCCACGUUUGCGCUGCCGCGGGCUCGUGCGGUGCUGCUGGUGGUGGGGCGACCCGCGCUGCUUACCAUGUCGGACAAGAGGUUCAAGCGCCAGCAUCGCUUCCUGUCCUCGCUCAUCCCGCUGCCCCCCGCCGCGCUGGGCCGCCUGGUGUGCCGGGAGCCCUCCCUGCUGAUGGAGCAGAUCGCCGUGCUGCGGGAGAAGGUGUCCGAGGCCGCCCGGCUGCUGGGUGUGUCGG